AUGUCGUUUCUAACAGAAUAUUUCGACGAGUACCGUCAGCAUCCUAUAAAGAAAACUAAAAUAAGAAAUGCCGAAACAAACGCAGAGAUCUAUCUCUUUUCAAGUCCAGACAGUGUGAAAAAUAAUAUUAUGUGCGAGAACCGUAAAGAAUGGUCGGACGAGGAGAUAGAAGCGUUCAUCAAGAAUACGAUGAAGAGCAUACGAGGACAGUCCACCUACUACAACUCCUAUUGUGCACAUUUGUCAGAAGAAUUCAAAGACCGUCCCUUCGUACCGCGUGUGAAGAAGUUGAAACCCUGUUCAGAGUUACUUGAAAAGAAAGAAGAAGAGGUAGAAGUUACGGAACCAAUCACAAAGCUUGCUAUGAAGGAUACGGAGCUGAUGAAGGGAGCCAAGGAGUUGUACGAGUUGGACUUGGACCGACCGACGCUGCAGCCACUGCCCACGCACUUGAGGAUUUACGGCUACGUCAGGCCACAGCUUUGGCACACGGGUAUCAGUGACUACCAGGCGGGCAUAGCUCGGCUGGCGUACGAGAUGAUCCGGGAUGAUCGUAUCCCUCGCUACCACGCCCACAACGGCUGCAGACCGAAAUGGGGCAUCCCACCAGACGGAGUGAGACAACCAGAGCUGGAUGGAGCACCCUACACUGGAGAGAGGCUGUAUUAA